AGUGUUUUGAUUCCCGGGUCCUGGAGGAGACAGCGAAGUGGAACUUUCUUCACUGUUUGGACAUUUUAAAACAAAACAUGGCCUGGAAGAGCAAAGGCUCCUCUCUGCCUCCAGCCUCCCUGCACCUCCUGGUGCCUCCGGUGCGGCUGAUGUCCGCCUUCAUGUGGCGGGUGGUGCAGCAGCGCAGCGUGAUGCAGUACGACAAGCUGGUGGACUUCAUCAGCCUGGCGACGGAGAUGGUCCCGGAGCUGCUGGGUCCCAGCCAGAAGGCUCAGCUGGUGCUGGGCCUGAGAGCCAGGUUGGUCCUGGAGCUCUGUCGCGGUGACGGUGUCGCUAACCUGCCAGUCAUUCAGAGCCACCUCGAUAAAAUCCACACGUUCAGUGCCGAGCUGAGCUCCAGUGAACAGAUGGUCGGCGCUGAUAUUUUGAAGACGUCUUACAGCAACUUUGCCAGCUUGGUUCAGAACAUCCUGAAUGUUCCUUUUGAAAAAGAGUUCUUCUUCCAAGAGAUUUUCCCAGCAAACUACGGCACUGCCUAUAACAAGAGGCUGGAGCAGCUCGUGUCCUUGUUCAUCUCCAGACUGGAGCAGCUGCUGCCCAUACCCAACCUGCAACAGACCACAGCUUGGCUCAAUGAAACAUCCGAAUCAGAGGAAUUCAAACACCACCUCUGUGAACCUUUUGCCAUGAAGUCUCUUCUGAAUCAUCACAGGCAGUUAGGGACACUCAACUCAGCGUGGCCCAUCUGUAACGAGGACAUCAUUCUGUCCACGCUGGCUCUGCCCACUCAGACAGCCGUGGAGAGAUAUACUGAGCCGUACAGUGACGAUGACGACGAUGAGGAUUAUGACAAUGAGGGGGAGUCACUGGUGCUGCAGGAUUCAGACGAAGACUCAGGGCAAAGCUUGGAGGCCACCGAAGAAGACUGGCUGCCGCAGAAGAAAUCAGGUCCACUGUCUCGAUUAUUCCUCUGCCCUCAGUGUUCAUUCACACACCGCACAAAGAGGAAAGUCCAGGAGCACAUCCAGACGGAGCACCGCGCCGCCGCGCCCGUCCACAAGAAGAGAUCCGUCAAACAGGCCAGAAGGAAGACCCAGGAGAGCAGGCAGGACACGAACGCCGAGAAAAAAGCGGAGAGCGACAUGGAGAAGCAGAGGAAACGCAAACUGAAAGACGCCGUGGACAAAAAGUGGGACGAAAAGCUAAAGAAGGAUAACGUGGAAAACAAGAGGCGACGGCGGCGGAAAGAGCCCACCGGGGAGGACAAACGGUUCCUGAGCACCCGGCCCGUGAGCAAAAACUUCACGGAGGAGGAGACCAAGUGCUCCAUGUGUGAGAAAAUCUUCGAACACCCGAACCAGCUGAAGACGCACAUGAAGAUCCACACCUUCCGGUACCGCUGCAGCCAGUGCGAGAAGGGCUUCACCAGCCAGUCGGGCUACUAUCAGCACCAGAGGCUCCACAAGAAGGGCCGGAUAUUCAUCUGCAAGCAGUGCAACAAGGGCUUCCUGUGCAGCUACUCCCUCAAGCAGCACGAGCGCCUGCACGAGGGCCCCAGCAACCUGUGCAACAUCUGCGGGAAAAACUUCAGCAAGGCGGGCAUCAUCAGACACAUGCAGAUGCACCGAGGCGAGAGGAACUACCUGUGCACCACCUGCGGGAAGUCCUUCCUGUCCUCGGGCGAGCUGGUGCUGCACACGCGGACUCACACCGGCGAGAUGCCGUACACCUGCGUCCACUGCGGGAAGGGCUUCUCCAGCAAGAGCCACCUCAACGUGCACACGCGCUCGCACACGGGCGAGCGGCCGUACCUGUGCACGGAGUGCCCCAAGCGCUUCCUCACGCUGAACUGUCUGAAGAGACACACGCUGAGCCACAACGGGGUGAAGCCCUUCAAGUGUCCUCACUGCGACCGGGAGUUCUCCCAGCAGGGGAACCUGAAGAGACACAUGGUGACGCACAAACCCUCCACCGCAUGACGGGCUCGGGAAUAUCACCGCCACGCUUUGGUUUAGUGGACUAACAUGUAGGAGGCGUAACGGUUUGGGACCAAACUGGAAACUCGAGUCUGAAUCAAUCUGGGACGCUCAUCUCAUCUGUUGCUGGAUUAAAAUGUGUUUCCUUCUCACAGAUAUUGAAGCUACUUCACCAGCAGGCCGGACAGAAUGCAUCAGAUGCGUAAAACGGUGGCGCUAGCAGCACAGUUUGACGGUCAGACUUCCCGAGGAAAGAGGACGUUCAGGAGAGAAGUACCUAUAAAGGCACACCUUUACUGUCAGUGUUCGUCACAUACAUUCACACUGAAUUCAGCGCCGCUUCAUCACAUCCCAGGUCAACUUACACAUCCAGGGAGAACCUACGGUGGCCACGAAAGUGUCCAGAUUAGAUUAAUCUGAAAAGAUAUAUUUCAUCUCAUGAACAUGAAUCCAUUUAACAUCCAGAAAACUUUUUUGUUUUAGACUAUUAGGAUUUAGCCAGUGAGAGAACCGAUGUUGGCCAAAAAAAAAGCACUUUGCAGUUUAGUUUGCCUCGAUGUAUUUUUGUUAACUUGUUCCCUGUAUAGAAAUAAAGGGCUGAAUUUAAGUUAAUGAAAACUAAUUUGACUUUAUUGUGAUCACACACAGAUUGAAAAACUUCCAGUUCUGCAUACAGAACAAACUCAGUACCACAAAAUGAUCCUGAAAAACCUGUGAAAGCCCAGA